AUCAGCCGGCUGGCUUAGUUUUGUGUGUGUUUUACAUCCGUAGUUUCGCUGUUUUAUUUGAAGUAUGCAACUUAAAAAAGUGAAUUAAUAAUAUAGUAUUAUUAAAUUUAUUCAGCCAACAAAUCCAUAUUUACAAUUUGGUUGUACGUGUAGAGUGAAAUUUGUUGGUUUAUUUACUCUGCUGCGCAUUUGCAAAAUCAUCCUCUAUUCAAUAUUUAAGAAAGUUAAAACAAGUGAUUUUGUAAAAAUCCCACAAAUAUUCGAUGAAAAACGUGAAUGCAGGGCAGCGACUUCGAAUUUCAUCACAAUCCACAGCAACAGCAUACAAAGCUGAAGGAAGAUUUGCCAAAGCAAAAUCUGCUAAUUUUCCAAGACCAAGCUUCAAGUAUCCAAGAUGAUUCAACAUCAGAGUGAAAAUAGUUGUAGUAGCAAUACUGUGUCAAGCCCCAUAAAAAUUUCAAUGGUACAAAGUGGAAGUACAAAUGAGAGAAAAACCGAGUUAAUCCAGCGUGCAGAAGAAAGUACAUGUGUAACGCUUCAACUUCAUCCUCAAUCAAAGCUGCUAUCGCAUUUCGUUGGACAGACCGAUGAACAGCUUUUAUUUAAUCUGUCGGUGAACCAACUUGACACUUUCGUUUCAGAUGCUAACUCGGGAUAUGAACAAUUUGGCGAAUUAGAAAAUACAAAGCCGUUACCAUUGACUCCAGAAAAUUAUCCGAACAGUGUCAUUGCCAAUGAAUAUUCGUGUAGUUCCAAUCAAACUAUCAAGGACGCGACUAUGGCAGAUAUAACUCACAAUUCGGACACUUCUAAUCCAGCCGAUGAGCAAAAUCCAGAGGAGGAUAUUAUCCCAAAUGAUGAGCCGUAUGCAUAUCUGCAAGGUCUUAAUUCGGAUAACCUCAUGCAGUUCAGUCAGCAAUCGGCCAUACAGGAAUUAAUGUUGAAGGAGCAAUUGGAUGUUAAACCGAAUUUGGAUAUUUUGCCUACAUUCGAGGAACACGACAUUGGUGGCUACAAGUUUAACAUACAUGUCGGCAGUAACCGUAAAACCAGAAUGAGUUGGUUGUAUUCGUCCACUCGCAAAAAACUUUAUAUACGUAUGAAUGAAAUAUUUACCUUAGACGCGGUUUACAAGCCAAAGCUGCCAUUGCAGCAACUACGCGUACGCGUACUCAUGAGCUUCAAGAAUGAGGUGAGUGAGCCGGUGCUGCGUUGUCAAAACCACAUAAGCAAGGAUACCGAACCACAUCAAAAGCGGCGUCAUAGUUUGCUGCGCUGUGAGAAUUCUUCAGCUGAGUAUUGUGGCACACCUGAGGGUAAAAAUAUCAAUGAUCGCUAUUCGAUUUUAAUUCCAUUGGGUGUGAGCGUCAUGCCGAAGAAUGACAGUUCCAUUGCCCAAACGAUGGCGAUCAAGUUCACUUGCCAGAAUUCGUGCAUUGGACGCAAGGAGACGAGUUUAAUAUUUCUGCUCGAGGGCAUGAGUGGUGAAAUACUCUCACAGCGUGUGAUGGACGUGAAAGUCUGCAGCUGCCCCAAGCGGGACUACGAAGCGGAUGAGCGCAAUAGCGCAGCUUCAUCGAAACGGAAAAUGAAUGAAGAUAUACCAAGUCGUACCACAAAAGCGCUGAAAAAGAAAAAUGUUUAUAGCAAUCAUUCUUUCGUUAAAUCCGAAGAUACUAGCAGUGAUUUGGAAAACAGCGAUAGUGGCAUUAGCACAGCGCAAGACGUAGCUUUGCAGGUCACGCCAAAUGGCAAUUACCGCUUUGUGGUUGAGUUGGCGGACAAGCAGUUGAUGCAAAAAACGGUUGAAUUGGUCAACCAAGCGUUGACAUUGAAAAUCUACGAUGAACCACAACAAGCUAAACACUACAACAAAAUGUGUCGCAAACUGAAGCGGUAUCGAGAUAAUCUGCAGAAGACGUAACUGAAGGAGUUAACGUCUCUCAACGUCGUUCGGUUGCCUUGAUUAGUUAUAAGACAAAUAAGCUAAAACUGCGUUAAAUUUUUAAUUUUGUACUUAUUAAGUUUCGUUGAGGUUAUGUUUAAGUUAUGUCUUGAUGUGUUAGAUCGUGCCAAAAAUGUAUGCAUAUGUUUCCCAGUGAAA